CUCAAAGACAGUUCGUAUCGGACGUGCCCCAGUGAACUUGUUUCCAUAAAAUGGAAAACGAAAAGACUAUAUUGGGCAUGAGUCAUUAUAAUCUCUUUCGUGUACUCGACAUUCUAAAGCAAAACUGCGAAAUACAGAAUGCCAAUGAAUCUUUGGCCUCCAUCAAAUACGCAGAUAUCUUUAAUUUUGCUGUCACUUGCAAGAAAUUUCGGCGAAUCGUUUGGGACUGGGAUAAAUCGAUGUACCACCAACUGGAGAUCGAUCUGCUGUUUAUUGUUCCUCACAAAACAAUCAAUGUUGCGUUUGCGGAGAUUCAUAAAUCUCUGGAGGGAGCCACUAGGCAAAAAAGAGAACAGUACAUGGACAUUUAUAUUAAGGCCUUGAUGGGGAAUCCCCUACUUCACAAAAUUACACUGAUCUAUAACACUCCGGACUUUCACAGCGAUCACUCGAGUGUAUUUGAAGAAAUUGUAAUGGCACUGCAUGGCAAAGCCAAGCGCAUAACGUUGGAUUCGGCUAGAAUGCCGAAAAUCAAGGAGAUAAUUGUUGAUAUAGCAGAUCGCAAAAUAAGUGACCUUUAUCUCUUUCGAAAUAUUUCCAAGCUCAGCCUAACUGCAUCUUUUAAAAUGUCUGACCUCAAGGAAUUUUGCCGUUUAAACCCUACAUUGGUAACCUUGGAAGUGAAUCAAAGUCACUUUUCUGACUACGGAAAGCUAACUCAAAUCGUUCCCCACUGCCCAAAUUUAAAGCAAUUGAAAUUUCUAGUGAAUGAUGGUUUAAGGGAUAAUGAUUACGUCGAGCUAUCUCUUUUAAAUAAGCUUCAAAAAUUAGAAAUGGUCGGCAUGAUUCCAAAGGUUCAUUUUCUGCUGCCUGAAAAUAAUAAAGAAAUAUGGCAGGAAGAACAGUCCAGUGUGUCAACUUUAAGGGCAUCCACUUCCAUUCUUAACCUCCUUAGAGCUUUUGGCGAAAAGAAAAAGUCUGCACUAAUUCAGAUGAGCAUAGGUUUUGACAUUGAUGAUGAAAUGGCACAGGCUAUUGUGAAUGUAAAAGGACUACGAAUGUUGGAGUGCGGGUUCUGUGAUCCCAAGAGCAUUAGGCAUAUGGUACGACACCCAACACUUAACCGAUUAAGCAUACUCAGUAGGGGUCCAUUAGAUACCGAUUAUUAUGCAGCUUUGCUAGAAAAACAUGUCACUGUUUCAAAUUUGGACUCAAAAAUGUAUUUAAACGCUCGAGGGUAUCUAUAUAUUCAGACAGAGAAUGCGCACAUUUUUCGGCGUGCUAACUAUGAACCGUUUUUGAAACUGAAUAACCUUAAAAAUCUAAAUGUGCCUGUUGAUAUGAUCGUAUCUAUGGAAUCCACAUUGCUGCAGUUCUUGGAGCUAGGUGUAUGCAUAAGAAGUCAAGCAUGCGAAAUAGUCCUGGAUCCUCAGAAGCGGAAACUUCAUGUGAUCUACGAAAUUGGCUACUACAAAGAUGUUAAUUUUUCAAUGCCAACGAAUCUGCGCUGCUUUGAGUUUAUCUCUAUAUAUAUGCCAACAACUCGCCUUAUUCAACAACUAUCCACACACAACAUAGAAACAUUGCAGGAAUUAUAUAUCGGAUAUCCUGGCAGAGAUUCCGAUGUUGACUACCUUAACAAGGACGUAGCCGAAGCUUUGUCAACCCUUAAGUGCUUAAGAACAAUCACAUGUGGAUUUGAGAAAUUGAUUUACAUUCUCCCAAUGGCUCGCCUAAACGAACUAGAGAAUAUUGACGUGUUAUCGGAACACCACCCCAAGAAUGUUAACUUUUCGCGAUGCCUAGACCCCCUUUUAAGGAACUGUCCCAAGCUAAGCUCCUUUAAAAUAAAAGUUCCUGUAGAUGGAAUAACCAAAAAGCUUUUAAAAAGUCUUGAAAAUGUGGUGCUUAUAAGCAGAGUUAAGCAAGAUAUUCAAGAGGAUUUAGAUAUUCACAUUGUCUGGAUUAAAAAGCCACAUGAUAUAUUUAACAAGAAAAGAGCCGUUAACAAUUUAACUAACAAACAGCUUAAACUUAUUACAAGGCCACUUGAACGUAUAAAGUUGACAGUUGAACGUAUUGAGAGUGACGAUAUUUUUUAAAAUAUUGUCGAGAUGCUGGGCAAUUCUUUUCGUUUUAUUUAUGGACAUACAUACAAAUAAUUUGUAAA